AUGUCAAAGCAGCUUGAAGAACUAAAAGGGUUCGAGCGAUUAGAAAAACACUUGGAUCCCAAUAAUUUAAGCCUGAUUUCAAUACUCCAAUUUCUACGUUCUAAAAGUGAUUUUACAUUUAAUAAAAAUCAUGAACAUACAAUUAUCUCAAAAUUUUUAACAUGCCUUUCAGAAAUACCUGAAUGGUCUGAGGCUGCAUUUUCACUCAAAAAGGGUGGAAUAUUG